AUGGAAUUGCAAGACAUCAAGGGCAACACAGCAUUCUGCUUCGCCGCUGCGUCUGGGAACAUGGACAUUGCUCGCUUGUUGCUGCACAAGAACUCAUUCUUGCCUCUCAUCAGAGGCGGAAAUGGACGCACCCCUCUUCACUUCGCUGCCAUGCAAGGAAGAUGCCACAUGACCCGCUUUUUGUAUGAUCUCACCAAACCUGUCUUUCAGGAUCAGGACUGCCAACUCUUGUUCUUCACUUCUAUCCACACUGCCAACUAUGUGGACAACCAAAACCAAAGUAUAAUUCACACAGCGGUUUCGCAUCGCCAUGCUAGCAUAUUCAAUUUAGUGCAUGAAAUAGGGUCACAUAAGGAUAUCAUAGUAACAUAUAUAGUGGAAGGAAGUAACACAUUAUUGCAUUUGGCUGCAAAAUUAGCCCCACAAGGCCAACUUGAAUUAGUUUCUGGAGCAGCAUUCCAAAUGAGCCUUGAGUUAAUAUGGUUUGAGGAGGUGAAGAAGAUAAUGCCACCAUCAUUCAUAAAAUUGAGAAAUUCUGAAAGCUUAACUGCUCAAGAAUUGUUCACUAGGGAGCACGAAGAACUAAGAAAAAAGGCAGAGGAUUGGAUGAAACGCACUGCUGAAUUUUGCAUGCUUAUUUCGACCGUUAUUGCAACAGGAGUGUUCUCUACUGCAAUCAACAUACCAGGUGGCAUCGAUGAUCAAACGAAAAAACCAAAUUACUUAGACAAAACCUCGUUCCUAGCAUUUGCAAUAUCAGAUGCAACUGCAUUCAUCUCAUCUGCAGCUGCAAUAUUAAUAUUCUUUUCUAUUCUUAUAUCACGUUAUGCAGAGUAUGACUUUUACAAGUCAUUGCCCUUGAAGUUAAUUUUCGGAUUGAUAACGCUAUUCAUCUCC